AUGUUGGGUGUGAAAGAAGAUGACGAUGAGAUCGAGGCCGCGACGACUUCUUAUACCCCUCUGCCGAACAUCAAAGUAUUCAUCGCCGACCAGAAUGCUUCCGGCGCCGAGGCCGUUGUCGCGGAACUUAACAAGUCUGGCCAAGGCAUGGCUCAGUCCGGACAGCUCGACGUCCGCGAUUGGAACCAACAAGCCAAAGUCUUCGGCCAAGCCAUCCACGCUCUAGGAGGACGAAUCGACUACGUCUACUCUAUCGCCGGCAUCAAUGAACGUCGCUGGAUCGACAACAACCCGAGUGCCGAAGGCUUCCAAGCGCCAGACCUCAGUGUGCUAGACGUGGACGUCACUGGGUUGAUGUACACUGUGUCUCUGGCAGUGCAGCAGUUCCGAAGGCAAGACAAAGACUCGAACGGCUUCAGAGGCAAGAUUGGUUGCGUUGCCAGUGUAUGUGGGUUCUACUGCUGCCCAACUCUGCCGAUCUACACCGCAGCAAAACACGCCGUCGUCGGCUUCGUCCGCUCUUACGGCAAAUGGCUUCCCGAAGAAGGCAUCACCUUCAACGCCGUCUGCCCCAACGUCGUCCGCACAAACAUCUCCACCCCUGCGUUCUACGACAGUCUGGAAAAGGUCAAUCUCCUUACGCCUCUGGAGUCGGUUCCCGAUGCCUUUGAGAAGCUGCUCGGCGCCAACAAGGAUUCCGGCGAGUGCUACGAGACCGGUCCGAACUACCACAAAGGGCAGGGAGUCCUUCAGACCCGGGGACCGCCAUUUGUCGACGAUGAAAGUGCCAAGGUAUUCGAUAUGCUGUAUGCGAGAGGAAAGCCGCUGCAUCUGCCGAAGUGA